CCUAUGCAUUGUAGUUUUUAUUAUAAGGUUUAAUUCUAGUUUUAACUUAUUUAAUAUUCGUCACAACAGGCAAAUGUGAUUUUUGCUCCAUUCGACUGCAAUUGGAUAAACAACUGUGUAGAGACGAACCGGUCAAUCUUCAAAUAUAUUUACGAUUAAUUAAGAGAUAAAAGAUUAUAAUUCUAUUUUGAAAACAACCCUUUUUUAGCGGGAGCAAAGUGUUAYUGCUAUUAUUUGAGCUGUUUCUAUGUGCGAGGGGAGGUUGCUGCUGCUGCCACCGUUUUGGAGUCGGUACACAAGCCACUGCCCCUGUCGUAACCAUAACAACGAUCUGAGCAGUAGGAGGUGGGAGGAGUAGAAAGGCACGCCCUAAGAAACUUGUGAUUGGUCAGUUGAAGUAGCCAAUCUGCCUCUUUCCUCUCUUUAAUUUGCUCYGUCUACUGUCACAUUAAAAAGCCGCUUCCUGAUUGGCUACGUUUCUUCUCCUUUACCCUCCCUCGGUGAGUAAUCUCUUUCAGAACUCUGUCUGAAAACAACGACAAGGCUUUAUCAAGAGAAAAAAGUGUUCAGCUUGGCUUGUUUUUAGGAGAUAAAGGUUCACCUGCCUUUGGCCUAUUCUUUGUUACUUUUGGUGCGUUGCUGUUUGUACAAAGCUGGCAAUAAGGCUGUAAGGGAUGUAGGGGCCGUUUAAGCCGCCGGGUGUUGUUGGGUUACGAUGGAGGGACCUGCCACAAGAGACUUUGAGUUAUCUCUGUCAGACGGCGUUUCGGACGACGACGACGACAUGCCCACGACGCUGCCAACAGACAGCAGCCACAGCGGGAGCAUCCGCAAGGGCUGUGAUCCCUUCGCUCAGACUCAGCGCAGUAAACUGCAGCAUCGACGGGCUCGCAUCAACCAGCAGAUCAACAAGGAGAUGCGCAUGAGAGCAGGAGCAGAGAAUCUUUUUAGGGCAACAACCAACAACAAGGUGAAGGAGACGGUGGCUCUGGAGCUCAGUUUUGUCAACUCCAACCUGCAGCUGCUCAAAGAAGAGCUGGAAGAGCUGAACAGCAACAUGGAGGUCUACCAGACAGACAGUGAUGCCAUCAGUGUUCCCAUGAUCCCCCUUGGCCUUAAAGAAACCAAAGAAGUGGACUUUACUGUUCCCAUCCAGGAUUUCAUCUGUGAGCACUAYGGCGAGGACAGCAGUCUGUAUGACAACGAGAUCAAAGAGCUGAUUGAACUCAGACAGGCGAUGCGCACACCCAGUCGGAGCCAGGCUGGGCUAGAACUGCUGAUGGAGUACUACAAUCAGCUGUACUAUCUGGACCAGCGCUUCUUCUCCUCACACAGGAACCUGGGCGUUCACUUUCACUGGUACGACUCUCUGACGGGGGUCCCGUCGUCCCAGCGUGCGCUGGCUUUUGAGAAGGGAAGCGUACUGUUCAACAUCGCAGCCCUGCACACGCAGAUCGGAGCGCGGCAGGAUCGCGCUGCUACAUCCGGCAUCGACAAGGCCGUAGACGCCUUUCAGCGAGCUGCAGGUGCAUUUAAUUACCUUAAGGAGAACUUCUCCAACGCUCCAAGUCUGGACAUGAGCGCUCUGUCUCUCAGCAUGUUGGUUCGCCUAAUGGUUGCUCAGGUGCAGGAGUGUGUGUUUGAACGCAUCACAAUCACCACGCGGGACACUAAGUUUACCUCCCAACUCCAGCUGGCACAAGAGGCUGCACAGGUGUCGGAUGUUUACUCGCUGGUGCACCAGACAAUGACGCAACCCCUGAUGAAGGACUAUGUGCCAUUUUCAUGGGCGUCCAUGGUUCAGGUCAAAUCUGAACACUUCCGUGCUCUUUCACACUAUUACGCUGCUGCUGCGCUCUGCGACCACACAGUAUCUUUUGAUGGAGAGGAGUGUGAUAACGAGUCAGACAAGGCCUUCCUCAAGUUUUAUGUCAACAUUGCUUCAGGGCAAACUCUCAGCCAGAUUCUGCAGGAUCCUGAAAAAAGGCGAAAGCUUGGUAAAGCCCACCUUCGGCGUGCGGUUAUGAGGCACGAGGAGGCCAUGCGUGUCCACAGUCUGUGUAAGAUCCUGAGGAAGAUGGACAUCCUGCAGGACGUCCUAUGUCAAACACACAAGCGUUCCUUGGAGAAGUACUUGGAGCUGGACCGCGAAGACGACUUUGAUGAAACAGCAGAAGCCCCAGAGAUACAAGCUCAUACUCAGCAGAAACCAGACAUCACUCCACCAAGCUUCACUACAGUCCAGGUUUCUGACAUCUUUCAAAGACUGUCUAUUUUGUUUGAUUUUCAGGAGGCAGGACUAAGAGAGGGAGACUACAUUGUAGCAGUGGAUGGACAAGACUGUAAGUGGGCCAAACACGGGGAGGUGGUCCUCAUGCUGACGAGCAGCAGUGACAGAGAAGUAGAGAUCAGUGUGGUGACGUUACACUCACAUGACACACAGAUGGAGAGAAAGGCGGCCAUGUUGUCCCACAGCAGCGACAAAGAAAACAGUCGCCAAAGGCUGCUGGGCGGGGCCAAGGGACAGAGCUCCGGCUCCUUGUUGAACUGGAACAGGAAGAAAAAGAGGGAAGGCAGCGGUGUCGCCAAGAAACUAGGAAGCACUUUUAGUUUGUCUUUUGGAAAUAUCCGUGACACGGAGACCAUGUACUGAGACGGGACUGUGGAGGAAUCACUCAGGGACCCACAACAGCAGAGAAGGUACAGUGGGCAGCAACAGUUUGUGCCGAGCAAAGGAGCUCAAACAUAGAAAGGCAAGUCUCUCUGGAGAACUGGACAAUUUUUUAGUCAAAAUGUGAGUUUGUUUGGUAAAACCUGCCUAUAAAGAAGCUGUGACAUAAUCAUGUAAUGAAAAACUCUACUUUAAAACAUCA